AUGGAUUAUUAUGGGACAAAGCUAGCCACUUGCUCCAGUGACAAGACAAUCAAAAUAUUCGAACUACAAACCAACGGUCAGCAGAUCCCGAUCGCCGAACUGGUUGGACAUGAAGGGCCUGUGUGGCAGUUGUCUUGGUCACAUCCUAAAUUUGGCAGCCUCCUUGCAUCAUGUUCUUAUGAUCGAAAGGUGAUAAUCUGGAAGGAGGUGAGCGGAAAGUGGACUAACAUCAAGGAAAUCAACUGUCAUGAUGCUUCUGUAAACUCAGUCAGCUGGGCUCCCCCUGAAUACGGAAUCAUCUUGGCGUGCGCAAGUUCAGAUGGUUCGUUGUCUAUUAUUUCGUCGACCAAUGACGAAACGUGGGAGCCGAAGAAAAUAAUCAACGCUCAUUCGUCAGGUUGUAAUGCGGUCAGUUGGUGCCCUCCUUACAGUUUGGAAUCGUCAUCCGCAGGUUUGUGUACAAAGAGGCUCAUUUCAGGUGGUUGUGACAAUCUGCUUAAAAUCUGGAAAGAAAAUAACAAUAAAGACUGGGAACAAGAGCUGCAGCUUGAAGGCCACACAGAUUGGAUUCGAGACGUGGCUUGGACGCAGUCCUUUGGCUUGCUCGGCAACACUAUCGCCUCGUGCUCUCAA